CAACACAUCAUCUGCUCUUUUCUAAAAAAAAUACCGAAGAAAAAUAAAAUAACGCCCGGCAUUGGAGAGGUCGUUGCAGCUCUUCUCCUUUGUUCACUUCCUGCUUCGAAACCCUAGCUCUCCAUGGGAGAAUCUCACCCUCAUUCUCGCAUUUCUGUUCAUCAAGCCCUUGGUGAUGGCUCAGUUGCGGAUUUGCUGCUAUGGAGGAAUCGGCGAGGAGCGGUUCUUCUGCUUGGAUCAGCGACACUGUUCUGGUUCCUCUUUGAGAAAGCUGGAUAUAAUUUCUUGUCCUUUGUGGCAAAUGUUCAGCUUCUCUUCGUCGUAAUACUCUUCCUCUGGGCGAAAUCUGCUUCUCUUCUCAAUAGACCUAUGCCUCCACUUCCUAGCCUGGAAAUCUCUGAGGCAUCUGCUCUCAAGGUUUCUGAUGCUCUACAAGUCUGGCUUAAUCGUGCAUUAUCAGUUGCUCACGAUAUAGCAGUAGGCAGAAACGUGAAGAGUCUCUUUCAGGUCAGAAAUUGUCCAGGUCAGCUUUGUCUUGUGGAUGGUAUCCUUGCUCGGCUAUUUCUUCAACUUCCUCACACUACUCUAUCUGGGUGCUAUACUCAGUCUGUCGGUCCCUGUGUUGUACGAGAGAUACCAGGACAACAUCGAUGAUAAACUGUCCGUAACACAUCGAGUUCUUCAAACACAGUAUAGAAAGAUCGACGAAACUUUACUACAGAAGAUUGGUAGUAGGGUCGCGGCAAAGGAAAAGAAGAUGCAGUAGGCAAGUGCCAACUGAUCUCUGGAACGGAGGAGGACAAGAAUCCAUGGAAUCGGGUUUGAGCUACGUGUAGGGAUUGCGAGAUAUGAAAAACAACAGGAAACAGAGCACAGGAUCCGAGCUCUUCAUCGUGUGGCACAACACAUAUAUGUACCCUUGAUACGAAGCUUUCAUUAUACGUACUUUGUUUUUGUAAAAGGGGUUUUGCUUUUGAAUGAAAAAAAACCUUGGGCUGA